GAUAUGCAGACAGUCAAGAUAAGUUUCUUUUUGAAAAGUUACUUUUUGAAAAGUUGAAAAGUAGUUUAAGCUUGAAGCGCCUUGAAAAGUUCAAUUUAUAACAUCGGUUCUGAAAAGAAAAUGGGAGUUUUGGAAGGAGUUAACUCUACGUCAAAAAUACAAAGCUUGAUGGUUGAGAAACGGCGGGCUAAUUAUCUAAUAGUCAAUGUUAUGCAGUCUAAUAUUAAAUUAGGAUCUCUUUAUGAUCGUCGAACAGAUAGAGUUGUUGAUGCUUUACAACUAUGGAACGACAAAACUUUAACUAAUAGAAUAAACGCAGAGCAAAUAGACAGUCAACAAUAUUCAAUAAACUCUGACCCAAGCCUUUUAUCUAAGAUGCGUCAGUUAGACAUAGAUAAUGGAUUAGGAUUAAGUUUUUGUUGUGGAAUGUUAAAUAUUGACGGCAGCGCCCAAUAUAUAAACGACAAUCAAGAAUCAUCUGAUGUUGCAAAGGUUGCUCUAUUAUACAGUGAAACAACAAUUUACAAAGAGAUAAUUUCUGAUACUUUUCAAAAAGUUGAUUUUGUAGAAGUUUUAGAGAGCAAAACUAAACAAGAAACGUUCACUCAUUUUGUUGCAGGUAUACUUUUUGGUUGCAACUGUAAUAUUGUAUUUGAAGAAAAAAUUCGAAAUAACACUUUGAAAAAUGAGCAAGUUCAUCUAAUGUCAUCAAUUUUAAAUCAGAUAGCUUUUUGCGGAAAAAUAGAUCCCAGUUUAAAUUCAGCUAUAAACUAUUCUAACAAAAUUUGCUGCAAAAUAUAUAGUGAUGUGAAAUUGAAUGAAAAUGUAUCUACUUGGGGGGAAGCAAUUACUAUGUGCGGAUCUUUGCAGUCCAAACUUUUCUCAGAACUUUGGGAAGAUACUUGUUCUGUUUCCAUUGGAGUACCAAUAAAGUUAUUUUUACUUCCAAAACAAGUUAUUAAUUCAAACUUUAACCUCAUUACUUACUCCCCAAUAAUUACACGAGAUGUUUCAGAAAUAUUAUCAAAUCAAGUGAAAAACAUCAUAGAAACGCUGAACAUGGCUAUAAACAUGUCAUCUGAUCUAAAAAAGAAUCAGGAAAAAAGUAAGUUUGAUGGUUUUUCAAUAUUUGGAAAAAUAGAUUUCUUCAUAGAUUAUGUGAAAACCUACAACAAAUGUUUUCAAAAGGUUAUUAAAGAGAUAGUAUUAAAUAUUCGAACAGAAAAGAUUGAAGAACAAGCACUAACUGAUAUAAUUAAUGAUCAUAAUGUCUCUAUAUUCAGUGAAUCUGCUCUACUAAACUGGAUAGAAUGUGCAGCGCAAGAAGUUCAGUUUUUUGAGAAUUACACAAAACGGUUAUCAUCUUACAGCAUCGAAUUCUUAAGUAGAGAUUUUGAACUAAGUGAUUUGAAACAUGAAGUUGCAAUAGUACUGAAAAUGAAACCUCAAGAAAUUAUUGAAAAAUAUUUAAAUAGCAUGAAAAUUUAUAUUGAAAUGUUUAGAACGGCAACAAAAACAGAUGCAUAUUUUAUUAUUAACAUGCAAGACAUUAUUGAUAACAUAAACAAGAUAUGCUUUGGAAAAGGUUAUAAAAGUGAACUUGUUUUAAACAUGGAAGAUUUAAUAGAACUAGCUGAAGCAAAUGUAAACAACAAAAACUUAUCUUACUAUAUAAUAGAAACUUCUUUAAGCUGUAAAAAACCUCAAACAGUAUUACAAGUAUGGAUAAAAGAUAACAACACACUUGACAAUUUCGAUUCUCCUUCAAGCGUACAAGAUUUUAAUGUAACAAUGGUAUCACAUGAGAAAGUUGAUUUAAAUUGGAAAAUGCCAACCAAAGGUUAUCUUAAUAUUUCUUCAUUUUUAGUAAAAGUUUACAAGUUCUCAAAUAUUAAAGAAGUAUCUACUAACGAAACUGAUUGUAUUACAAUUGAAAUCAAUGACUUGCCAGACGAUGGGAAUAUAAGUUGUGCAAUAAAUAAUCUUGAAUGCGGUUGUAAAUACAUAGCAAGUGUUGUUUGCACUAGUAUUAAAAAGUUAGCUAAAAGUAAAGAAAAGCAAGUUGAAUUUAAAACUCGGUUAUGUAGCGCUCCAUUAAAUGUUACCUAUGGGCUUAUGUCACAGCGUAAAGUACUACUCUCUUGGUUACCACCUAUAGUUAUUAUGAAUGGUGUUAUUCAGUGUUAUUUAAUUGAAUAUAAAACAGAUAACCAUGAUGACAUCUGGAAAACCAUUAUUAUUGAUUCCGCUGAUUUAAAAUGCAAGGUUAAAAAUUUAUUCUACUCAAAAAGUUAUAAAUUUCGAAUAUCUACGUGUUUAGUUAAUAGUGAGUCGUCUCUUUUUCAUGAGUUUUCUGUUGCAACGGAAGGCAUGCCUUGUCCUCAACCUUAUAAAGCUAUUUUUAAAAAAAAUAAACUAAUUGUUAAAUGGCGAAAUGACGAAAAAAAAUCCAAGGAAAAACUAAAUUAUGUUUUAAGAUAUAGAGUUGAGUCUGAAAUUAGUCAAUGGACAAAAUUAUCCCCCAACAAUAUUUGCAAAAAAGAAAUGUCAAACGAUUAUCGCGUUAAAAUAAUGAUGGAAAACCCACCCGCUGUUUGUUUUGUAGUUCAAAUAAUGUCGUAUAGUGAGUUUGGAAAUAGUAAAUGGAGCCAGAGCAUAUCUUGUUAUAAUAAAAAGGAUAACUUUCCAGAUGACGAUGAAGAUGACGAAAAAUAUUUUAACAUUGAAGAUCAAAUAAAUAAAGAAGACAUAAAAAUUGCACUCCAACGAAAAGAAACAAUUUUUGAAACUGACUCAUUACAUAUUGCAAGUUGUAAACAAAUUGGAAUUUUAAGAUGGAUGAAAUCUAUUGAAAUGGGAGAUUAUCAAUGUUUAAAUAAAAAAAUUCAGUGGAUUGAUGAAACAGGAAAGCACAAAGGUGUUUAUCACCCCAUGGAUCUAUUAUACUACUUAAUUAAAAAUUCUGAUAAUUCAAUAAGAAGAAAACUUUAUAGAAAACUUUUUGCAUGCAAAAUCUCGGUACCUGUUUUAUUACAUAAAAAGAAAACAUUAUAUAUGGAUUUUUCACUAAGUAAAAUAGAAUUAAUGUGGAUAAAAAACUCUGAUCAAACUGUUGAGAUAAACGCAUCUCAUGCUAAUUUGCCAGUAGUUUCUUUGCUACGUAUUGGAAAACAAGGUAAAAGUAGUAUUUCUAAAUCGAAACUUGGAAACGAUUUAUUGAAAAUUAAGUUUGAAAGUGGACUAGGUGGUUGCGGCUACUUUACAAGAGAAUCUUUGUCAAGCAAUUAUUUGCGAAAGGCGUCAAGUGGAAUUGUAGAAGCACUGUGGUUUCAAAAAACGACAUAUGAAGAAAAAUUUUCAACUUCUUUCUGCAUGCUUAACCUUAGAGGAGAUGCAUUGCAUUAUUUUGAGAAUGCGAGCAUUCUAGUCAAUGCUUCAGACGUUGUUUUAUUUUUAUGUGAUGCUGAAAUGUUUGAAGAUAAUAGGUACAAAGAACUACUUGCUAAUAUGGCUCGGCAGAUAAAAGAAUCUUCGAGGAAGUUGAAAGUUAUUGUUUUGAUGACUAAAAAAGCAUACUCUAAAGUAAAAGAAAAUCGCGAAACGUUUGAAUCUCUAAGUGAAAAAAUAUGCUGGAUAGAAAUAUAUAAAGAACCUUUUAAGCUUCUGAAGUUAUUACAAAGUGAAAUAAAUAAAUCUUUAGAUGAAAUACAAAAACCAAGUAGCCUUAACAAACGUUUUAAAUCUUUAAAAAAGGAAUCAUUAAGUGAGAAUAAUUUUAGAGCUUUAGAAAUAUCAGAAUUGCUUUUAAAAAAAAUGAGCAAAAUUCAGGAUUCUGAUGACACUUUGGGUUAUAAAAUUAGAGAAAGUUUAUUUCCGCAUCAAUCUAUUGUUAAACUUUAUGCUCAAAAGCAACGCGAGGAAACAAGAUCUAUAGAUCUGAAAAAAAAAUACUUAAUACAAAGUGAGCUAUCGGAUAUCAAGUCUUCGCAGUAUAGAUUAAUUUGCAAUGGUUUAUCUAAUGUAACACAGAAGUUUAUUACUAACUUAAUUGAUUGUGAUGAUCUUUCUAAAUUAAACUAUGUUUAUCUUGUUCAAGAUAAACUAGAUAUUUGGUGUAAAGAAAAUAUUUCAGCUAUGACAAAUAUCCUAACUAAGUUUAAUAAAAAACUUAAUUAUUUAAAAGAAAACAUAAAUAAGCAAGAGUAUAUAGACAACCGAGAUAUUCAUCUAUCAGAAACAGAACAUAUCAAAAGUUUAUACGAAAGUCAAAAAAAAAAAAUAUUAAACGUUUCGAUCGGUAUUGAAAACUUGUUUCGUGAAGUUGGACUUAUAUUUGAGACAGUGUCUAGGUACGAAAAAGAAAAAGACUUACCCAUAGAACUAUUAACUAGUUCAAAAAAGUUACCAGAACUUGCAGCAUUAUUAUUGCUAAAAGGGUUUGCAAUAGAAAUAAUGGAUGGUGAUGGCUUAAACGUUCCAGUAAACUGGCUCUGUAGUGUGUUUAAUGCUCUACAAAAACGCUUUAAAAGUUAUUUUGAAAUAAAUCACGAGCCUAAUAUAUUUGUUUUAACAGUACUUGGAACACAAAGCACUGGUAAAUCAACUCUACUAAACACCAUGUUUGGUUUAGAAUACCCUGUAGGGUCUGGAAGAUGUACAAAAGGAGUAUUUUUGCAACUUGUUCCUCUUACAAUUAAAAAUUGCAGCAUAGAUGCAUUGUUUGUGAUUGAUACUGAAGGGCUAGGUGCUCCUGAGUAUUAUGGUUCUAACAUGCACGAUAACGAAAUUGCAACAUUUGUUUUAGGUAUAUCUAAUUUAACAAUUAUUAAUGUGAUGGGAGAAUUACCUACUAAUGUAGAAAACUUUUUACAAAUAAGCACUUGUGCAUUGAUGAGAAUGAAUAUGGUAGACAUACAUCCAAGUUGCAUUUUUGUUCAUCAGAACUGCGGAUCAUCUUCAAAAGAUAAAAACUGUGACAGCCGAGUUGCUUUUUUACAAAUGAUGGAUGAAGCAGUUAUUAAUCAAGCAAAGUUGAAUAACUCCAAAGACCGUUAUAAAUGUUUUCAAAACAUUGUAAAUGUUAGUUUUGAAAAUUUUUUUUACUUCCCUCAGUUUCUUGAUAGUUCGUCUGCAAUGGCUACCAUGAGCUCUGAAUACGUUUCAGCAUGUAAAAAUCUUAAAGAAUUUAUAAUCGAAAAGUUUCUUCUUAAAAACAAAGUAACUCAAACGUUUGAUGAUUUCUCCAAAAAGUUGCAACUUAUAUGGAGCGGAGUUAUAGAAGAAAAUUUUGUUUUGAGUCUUUUAAAUAGUGCUGAAGUCCAAAUUAAACACGAGGUUGACAGUGAAUUAAGUGAUUGGAAGUCAAAUAUGGAAAAACAUUUAAAUUCGUGUACGGAAAUUUAUUGCAAUGAAAUAUCCGCAUUUUUUAAAAAUAAACAAAAUAAAAAUGAGAAACUUGAAUUUGAUGAUAAUACUGCAAGGAAUUUUUUCAAAGAAAAAAAAGAACAGCUAAGAAGCGAAGCGAAUCUUAUUUACGAAGAAAAAAUAAAAGCGUUUGAAUGUUAUAUUAAUAAAAAAACUUCAAACAAAACCAUCUACAAAACUUGGGAAAAACGAGGAAUUAACUCUAUGAAAAUUGCAUUUGAUGAUUUUAAAAUGAGCUGUGAAAAUCGAAUGUUAAAAUGGUAUAACCAUCAUAACUCUAGUCAUAAAUGGAAGUUAGAACUAUUAAAAGCAAAAACAGAGGUAGAUGCUAAAGCUCGAGAAGUAGCAAACAAUUUGCUGAAAGAAAAAGAAUUGUUGAGCAACGGUUCUUUUAAAUAUUCGAAUGAAGAAUGCGAUGUUGAGUUUGAUCGUUUUUGGGAAUGCAUUGAGAAAAAGUUAACAAGUAAAAAAUAUUUUAACUUUCAAAAGGUGGAUAUUGAGGAGCAGUUUAAAAAGGAAAUUUUAGAAAUCUAUGGAAAUACUCCAAAUUUUAAUAAGCAUAUGACGCAUUUUAGCAACAAGGAUCCACAAGAGACUUUAUUAUGUAACUUAAAAAAGACCAAUCGUCAACAAUUUAAAAAGCGUAGGCAAGAUGUAGAAACAUUAGUUAAUCAGACAAAAUCUGCUUUGUUAGAAGAUUUUGAUUUUGAAAUUGUUGAUGGUUUAAAAAAAUUUAAGAUUCAAAAAAGCGAAGAUUUUCAAUGUGCUAUUAUAAUCAAAGAUUGUUUGACUAAAACGAGCUCUUUGCUGAGUAAAAUAAAUUCUUCUUUAAUUGAUCCGUUUGAUUUAUCAGAAGAAUUUAAAGCUAUUUAUUCCUUCUAUAUUUGUCAAGUUUUAAAACCACUUUUAGAGAAAGCGCAAGAUUAUUUCUUCGAAUAUGUUGAUGUCAAGCGCAAAAUUGUAGAAGGAAAAAAAGAUACAAAGACACUAUUUUUAAUGGUUCUAAAACAGGAAGGAAAUCUUGCAAUAACAGCUAAUCAAAUUUUUACAGUUUUGUUGAAUGCUAUUUUUUCUAAUGUCAUUAAAAAUAUUCCGGGAACUAUAAAAGAACUUUUUCUUAAACGAGUUUCUCUUAAGGAACACAUCCACGGUUUAGUUCUUCUUGAUAUUAUAGAUGCUGUCCAAAAUAAUUCUCUAACAGAUUUAAAUAUAAUUUAUUUGAAAGAUUAUUUCCGCAAUCCCUUUGACGUAUUUGAAAAUAAAAUACGCGACAUUCUGAAUGCUUGUCCGAAUAUCAACGUAAAAAAGAUUUUAAAAUGGGAGUUAAAACUCCAAAUGAAUAACACAGAGCUGUGUAUUAAAAACAUAGUAGCAAAAAAAGAAACUGAUUUGAUAUCACAACUGUGCAAACAACCCCAUUUCAUAGGAUUAGGUAUUGGAAAAUCAGACUUUUGCAGCAUUCAGAUGCCAAGUGAAGAUAAGAGAGAAAAAGAAGAAAAUGAUAUUUUAAAAAAAUUAUCACUUGUCAUAUGUUCAUAUAAUUUUAAAUUUGAAAGAAUGAAUGCGACUGUAAAUUUUUUAAAGCACCAGGCUGUUAAUGAAAUAAAGAAUUAUUUAUUUGGUUGUAAAGUAACGUGUCCAUUUUGCAGCGCACCGUGCGAUAAUGCGCACAUCAGCCAGACCCUUCACUCCAGUAAAAGCCAUAGGCCGGAAGGUUUUGGCAACUUUAUUUGGACAAAAUCAAACCAAUUUGUUUUAGAUAUUUGCAAUGAGACAAUCAAAUCAUCUGCAUCAUUUAAAAAUGAAGCUACUAACGGUAAGUAUGUCAAAUAUGCAAAUUAUAAGACAGUUGGAGAUGACUAUUUCUGUUGGGACAUUAAAGGCAUGGCAUGUGAAGAACUCUCUUUUUGGAAGUAUAUAACUUAUCGUAUUAUGCCUCACAUAAAAAUGAUUUUUCCUUCUAUUGAGAAAGUAGACUUAAAACAGUGGUCAAGUAUAAUGAAGAAGGAAGCUGUGGAAGCUGUAGUAAAAAGAUUUCACAUCGAAAAUCUUGCUAGAUUAGAAAAUGAUCGUUAUGUUAUUUAAAUGACUUGUAUUUGAAAAAUUCUUUAUAAAUUUGAACGAAUUUUUUUAUAGAUGCUCCAUUUAAGCAUCUGAUUACAAACUAAUAAAUUAAAAAUAACUAUACAACAAUUUAGGUAUUCUUUUAUACAACUUUUUAAUCAAGUUUGCAACUAACACUUUUAUUUAGCUCAUAAAUAGUCUUAUAGUCAACCUUCUAACCAAUCUUCUAACAAACUUCAAACUAAACACCCUACUAAUCUUUUCCCUAAUCUUUCAACCAACUCUAACUUACUGUUUAACAUCCUACGAGCUAAACUUACAACCAACCUUUUAAGCAUUCUUUAGAAUAACCCUCCAAUCAAUUUGAAUAAAUCUUUAAAUGUAUUUUUAUCGUUCUUUUUGUCAAUAUUAAUUAAGUAAACUUUCAA